ACGGCUGAAGAGGCAUUCGACAGACGUGAAGGAUGAUUAACUAUCAAUGUUUAUGACUUUAGCGGAGUGUCUGCACCCUAAAUUAUGGAAGAAGGAUCGGAAAGGAUUUCUACACCGAUCCGCUCACCUUCAGAAAAAGAUUCUGUAAUUCUUAGCCGUGCCAGUGCGGCCAGUUCGCCCUUUGGCUUUCGCAAGGCUGCGCUCAGCCCUCCGACUGGUAUUUUACGAAGAGAGUCCACAGGGUCUUUAUCACCCGAAGAUGACUUCUUUCACAGUGCUCAGGAUAAGGAAGACGAUGAGGGGUUUGAUACUGACCUGGAGAUGGAAGAGGGUAAAGAAGAGUAUGAUGUAACUGGAAGAGCAACAUAUCUCCAAGCUUGCAGGGAUUCUGGUGUCAUUCCAGUUUCAUAUUUUCAUCGAAACUUGCAACAACCUGACAUUGACAUCAAGCAUCAUGGCUUAGGACCAAUGGGUGCUAAGGCAAUAGCUAUAGCUCUAGUGACUAAUACAUCAGUUAUCAAGUUAAACCUGGCAGAUAACUGGAUUGGUUCAGAGGGAGCUGGAUAUAUUGCUGAAAUGCUACGAGAAAAUUGUUACAUUGCUGACCUGGAUUUAUCGGAAAACAAACUGGGUGCAGAUGGAGCAGAAUCUGUGAAAGACAUAUUACUUCAUAACUCAAAUAUCACCAGAUUUGUUGCAAAUGGCAAUGGUUUUGAUGACAAGGCUGUUCAGAUUCUGGCAGAAGCUAUAAAGAAUAAUACCAAAGUGAAGUAUUUUAGCUUGAGUCAUAACCAGUUGGGAGAAAAAGGUGGCCAGAAUUUAGCCCCUGCAAUAGCUGCAAAUGAUAAAAUUGACCAUUUGGAUCUGAGCUGGAAUCAUUUGAGAAAUAAAGGAGCUUGUGCUGUGGCAUUAUCUCUGAAGGAGAAUUUUACUCUUAAAAUUCUUAACUUAGCAUGGAAUGGAUUUGGAAAUGAUGGGUCUUUAGCCAUGGGGGAAGCGCUAAAAGUGAACACAACGUUAAGAGAGUUAGAUCUGACGAAUAACAGAAUAACGGCGGAAGGUGCAGUGUAUUUGGCGAAAGGUUUAAUGGUUAACACGUGUCUUCAGGUGUUAAAGAUUGGAAAGAACCCGAUGCAAAGUCCUGGAGCGUAUGCUCUUGUGAACGCCAUGAAAAAUAAUCUGGAAUCAAAAUUGAUUGAGGUUGAACUGACGGACAUCACGGUUAAUAAUGACUUUGUGGAGUUGUGUAAAGAAGUGCAGCAACUUAGACCUGACAUGAAAAUUAGACACGGAGGAACAGGGGGUGCACCAUUUAAACCCAAGAAUCGUCCAACGCCCAUGAAAAUACUAAAGAAUUACAUAGAGGAUAAUAAGAUGCGACUGUUGGAUCUGUUCAAUACUCUGGACAAGGAUAAAAGCAUGAAUAUCACUGUGAAAGAAUUUGCUGAUGGAUUAAAGGUGAGGUCCUUGUCUGAUCUAUUUUCAGAUAUGGAUUGUAGGUGUAUAUUGGCUAAUAGAAUGACUUGUAUGUCCAAAUUUGGUCAUGUUCGAUCCCAUUCUCACCGGUAACAACUUCAUAGACUAGCGCUUUCCUCUUGACCAAACAGACGCUGAACCAAAACAUUGUGUUACAUUGCUAUUCGCGCUUUCCCGCGCUUGGGGUCGUUUGAACGUUUGUCCUUUGUUCGUUC